CCACACUGUGUUAUGGGUUUUGGAAGCAAACAUUUAUUUUGUCUUAAAAAACAGCUAAAUUCUCUCCUCUUCGUCUCUCUCCCCACCAUUUUUUCUCCGUAGCUUUUCGUUCUUUGUUUUUUCCUUUGCCUCCGCAGAAAUUCCGAGAGGCUUGGAACUCUGAAAUUCAUACUUUUCAGUACUGCUGCUGUUGCUGGAUUUCAUACAAUUCUUACAGUAGGAUGGCAACUGAGAGCCCUACCAGAAUUGUGGACAGGUUGGGUGAUAGAAACUGGUCAGCUACUAAAGAUAUAGCAGCCUUUGGAUCUCCGUUUGAAAACAUUGCAUCAGAGGAGUUGGGAUCAAUCUUAGAGAUGCAUAAUUUUAGUAGAAAUUUAUCAGAUUUGAUUCCUAAUCGGAGUGGUAGUGCACCGCCAAAUAUGGAGGGUUCUUUUGCAGCUAUUGGAAACCUGUUAACUCAGCAGGACUCUAGCCUAGUUACAAGCUUGUCUACUUUAUGUGAUGCUUUAGAAAAUUGCAUGUCAGAAGAACAGCUGCGCUCUCACCCAGCUUAUUUCGAAUACUAUUGUUCCAAUGUUAACUUGAAUCCAAGGCUUCCUCCCCCUCUUAUAUCACGAGAAAAUCGUAGAUUAGUGCGGCACAUUGGCGGAUUAAGCAAAAAUCGGAGAGUGAGCUUUUCAGAUGACACUGCUAAUGAAUUUUUGCUGAUAUCCCAAGGCUCCCUUUCUACUCAUCAGGAGGAGACUCCGGAGGAUGGACUGUUAAAGCAAGUUUCCGAAAACUUGACAGAGAGAAAUAGUACUGCUUUGCCUACACAGAACAUAUCUUUUACAACAAGUCACCGCAAGAGCUUGGUUGAUUUGAUACAGGAAGACUUCCCCCGGACCCCAUCUCCUGUGUAUAAUCAGUCACUUUUAACGAGUCGAUCAACAACAGAACAAGCAGCUGAGAGUGAUUUGGACACUAUUGCCUCUUGUGUUUCAUCUAUAAGUAUUUCAAAAGUACUGGAAUCAAGUUCAUGCUCUUCUGACGUUUGCUUGGAGACAAGUAAUGUAGUUAGGGAUCCAAUGGGGUUAAUAUCCAAUGAUGCUCUUCUGAAGAAAUCUCCAAAGAUAGAGAAAUCUGACAGAACGCGGAGCCAACAACAAGAGGAAUCAAGAGGGAAAAGUGUUUGUGUGGAGAACAUUGCAGCAAAAACUGGGACAAUUGGACAUGAUAUUCCCAAAUUAGAGUCUAGAACGAAAGCAUCCAUUGUUGAGAGUAAUAGAAACAAACUAAAUCAACAAUCUUAUGGGAGAAAUCACCCAUAUAUCUAUUUGUCAAAGCAACAAGGGUUUCCAAGUCCACCUUCAGAUAUUCAGUCCCAGAUGGUUUCUCAAGGAAUUAGCCACCAAGAAGUUGGGCUUGAAAACUAUUCACAUGGACAACACAAUUUUUCAACUGCUGAGGUACAAACAGUAUUUCAUUCGUCAGCACUCACUCCUCCCUUGUAUGCUACUGCAGCAGCAUAUAUGGCUCCAGGAAAUCCAUUUUACCAUAAUUAUCAACCGUCAGGUUUGUUUAGUCCUCAGUUCAAUGUGGGAGGAUAUGCUAUGGCUUCCACAGUUUUUCCUCCAUUCAUGGCUGGGUAUCCUUCACAUGGUGCAGUUCCUCUGCCAGAGCCUUCUGGAUCAAACUUCAGUGGUCGAAAUGCUGGUGUCUCAAUAGGGGAAAGUAUUCCACCUGUGGGUGACAUACAACAUCUGAGCAAGCUUUAUGCCCAACCUGGAUUCAUUUACCCACCUUUUGUGGAUCCCAUGCAUGUACACUAUGGUCAACGUAUAAUUGAGGAGCCUUAUGGUAGUUCAGCUCAUCAUGGUCAAUUGGCUUCUAGAAAUUUUAGUCAAAUGCCGAUCAAUUCUUUUGUUUCACAACAAGAUUCAAAUGUUGCUGCUUAUUUAGGUGAUAACGAAAUUCAGUCACCAAAAAAUGGGAGUUUUAACAUCUCGAGUCUCAGAAAAGGGGUUACUGGUGGUAAUUACGGAGAUUCCUCUAGCAUGAGUGGCAUCAUGCAAUUUUCAGUCCCAUCUAUUGCAAGCCCUGCUUCGCCCUCAUCUCCAGUUGGUGGGGUGAAUCAUCUAGGCCAACGAAAUGAAAUGUGGUUUCCUCCAGGUUUAGUCCGAAAUGCAGGGGCAUAUUCUGGAUGGCAGGGGCAAAGAGGCUCCAAUAACUUCGAUGACCCCAAAAGGCACUCUUUUCUUGAAGAACUGAAGUCAAGCAAUGCACGGAAGUUUGAACUCUCUGAUAUAGCUGGGCGUAUUAUUGAGUUCAGUGUUGAUCAACAUGGGAGUCGCUUUAUUCAACAGAAGCUCGAGCACUGCAGUUCUGAAGAGAAGGCAUCUGUGUUUAAAGAAGUUCUUCCGCAUGCCUCUAAAUUAAUGACUGAUGUUUUUGGGAAUUAUGUCAUUCAAAAGUUUUUUGAACAUGGAACCCAUGAGCAGAGGAAGGAGCUUGCUGAUCAACUUGCUGGACAGAUGGUACCUCUAAGCUUGCAGAUGUAUGGUUGUCGUGUAAUCCAGAAGGCACUUGAAGUUAUUGAACUGGAUCAAAAGACACAGCUCAUUCAUGAGCUUGAUGGUCAUGUGAUGAGAUGCGUGCGUGAUCAAAAUGGGAAUCAUGUUAUACAGAAGUGUAUAGAAUGUGUUCCUUCAGAAGAAAUUGGUUUUAUCAUUUCUUCUUUUGGAGGUCAAGUUGCCACGCUUUCCACACAUCCAUAUGGCUGCCGUGUUAUCCAGAGAAUUUUGGAGCAUUGUUCUGAUGAGGCCCAGAGUCAGUGUAUAGUGGACGAGAUUUUGGACUCUGUUUAUGUUCUUGCUCAAGACCAAUAUGGAAAUUAUGUCAUCCAGCACGUUCUUGAGAGGGGAAUGCGCCAUGAAAGAAGCCAAAUAAUCAGCAAGAUGACUGGAAAGUUUGUGAGGAUGAGCCAGCAUAAAUAUGCAUCAAAUGUUGUUGAAAAGUGCUUGGAACAUGGUGAUAUGACUGAAAGAGAGCUGAUGAUUGAGGAAAUUAUGGGGCAAUCUGAGGAAAAUGAUACUUUGUUGACAAUGAUGAAAGACCAGUUUGCGAAUUAUGUUAUUCAAAAGAUAAUUGAAAUAUGCAACGAUGAACAACGAGAGAUGCUGUUGAAUCGUAUCAGAGGCCAUCUUCAAGCUCUGAAGAAAUAUACUUAUGGAAAACACAUAGUUGCUCGACUCGAACAGCUGUCGGGUGAAGGGAACGCUUAAAUGCAGAACUUCUUACUAUUGUACCAGAAAUUUGGCUUGGACGAAUGAUGAAGGGCUUCAUUCUUUGGUUAAAGUAGUAGUGCUGUUGUAAACUCAAGUGUUUGAUUUUUAGUUAAUGGUAUACAAGUUAAAUUGUAUGUAUGUAUAUUAAUGUAUAUAAACCGUGAAGUUGAGUAAGAACAGAAUGAAUGGCUGGCUUGAUUACCAGUUCCCAGCUAAACAGUAUGUGGAUGGACUUGAUUCUGUCCUCCCAUUAUCUUGGAGUUGGUGCUUAAAA